AUGUCGCACGGCUUCUAUCCUCCAAGGGCUAUUCCCCUGGACACUAAACCGUUGUUUGGUGACACUAUAGUUACAAUCGAGGACUUUGAACCCACCGAACCCUCCCACGCUCUUCCACACCUUAGCCCCGAAGAUGCCGGCGCCAUAAGAGAGUGGAAUAAAACUAUUCCUAGCAAAGUUAGCCUAUGUGUGCAUGACCUCAUUCAAUCUCGUGGCCUGUCGCAGCCAGAAGCUGUGGCAGUUUGCGCCAGUGACGGACAGCUCACAUAUCGUGAGCUGGACAUCAUGUCGUCCGCGCUGGCGACUCAGCUCGUCAAUUAUGAUAUGGGCCCAAAUCGGAUCGUACCCCUCAUCUUCGAGAAGUCUAUGUGGACUACCAUAGCUUUGUUGGGUGUCAUGAAGGCAGGUGGAGCAUUCCUCCUUGUCGAUAUUGCCCACCCAGUUGCACGGCUAAGAGAAAUACUUGAUAUUACUACUGCAAAACUCGUCAUUGCUUCCGAGACGCAGGCUGUGCUUGCUCGACAGCUCGAUUUGAAGGUGGUUUAUUUAGGCGUCAAUGUGAAUGCACCAAACAAGACUGAGUCAUGCACUCAGUUGGCGCCAGUCCCUCCCCACCGUCCUGCCUACUGUGUUUUCACAUCUGGUUCAACCGGGAAGCCGAAAGGCUUCUGCGUUCAGCAUGAUGCUUUUGCGACGAUGGCUGCAGUUGUCCCAGAGGCCUUCGGCCUCUCUUCGACUAGUCGUGUGUUCCAAUUCGCCUCUCAUGCUUUUGACGCAAGUGUUUUUGAGUAUCUUGCGUGUCUCGUGAUGGGUGGCUGUUUAUGUAUCCCUUCCGAGUCUGCUCGUUCGAGCUCUCUUGCCGAAGCCAUCAAUGUAUUCCAAGCUGAUUGGACCAUCCUAACUCCAUCCGUGAGCCGCAUUAUAUCACCUGCCCAAGUGCCCACGCUGCGCACCCUCGUCAUGACAGGGGAGCCUAUGAGAGAGGAUGACGUUGAGAGAUGGUCUGGUAAUCUGAGACUUGUUAAUGGAUAUGGACCUUCGGAGUGCGCUGUUUGUUGUUCUGUCUGCCCAUCCGUCACUUCUGCCACUGAGCCUGGUCAAAUUGGCCGUGCACUUGGAGCUGUCCUAUGGCUUGUCGACCCGGAAGACCACGAGAAACUGGUGGAAAUUGGUGCAGUGGGAGAGAUUCUGGUUGAAGGACACACUGUAGGAAAGGGGUAUCUUUCCAACCAGGAACAUACAUCAAAGAGUCUUAUUGACCCACCUUACUGGCUAACAACGUUCCGCCAGGCCCCAUGCAGCCAAGUAUACAAAACUGGUGACUUAGCCGUGUACCUCCCGAAUGGAACGUUGCAGCUUCGUGGAAGGAAAGACACUCAGGUCAAGAUCCGAGGCCAAAGAGUAGAGUUGGUCGAGGUAGAGCAGCGACUGAGGAACCUUUACCCUCGUGACAUGCAGGUUGUGGCUGAAAUAGCCAAAACAGCUCAGGAACCAGUACUCGUGGCUUUUGUGUGCCAUUCCAAAUCUUCAGAACCUGGCAAUUCUAUUCUGAGCCCGCCUAGUGUUUCUUUCCAUGCCACGGCCCAGGAAGCCGCGAACACGUUACGCCAAACCGCACCUGAUUACAUGGUUCCCUCUACAUUCUUCCCCGUCAACUUUAUUCCAACCACCAUUACAGGCAAGACCGAUCGCCGGCAGCUGCGGCUUGCGGUGGAAAGACUAUCUCGGCUGGAGCUUGCUGAAUAUAAUGCUCCUGCCGCGGCCCAGGACAAUCGACAGCUCGUUUCAGACCCGACACAAAUAGCUUUGCGAAAGCUAUGGUGCCAGGCGCUUCACUUGGAUGGUGAUGGUAAUGACAUCGGGCCGAAGCAUAACUUUUUCCAUCUCGGUGGCACUUCAAUCGAUGCAAUGAAACUUGCGUCUUUGUGUCAAAAGAAUGGGUUUAAAAUCCGAGUUUCAACCAUUCUGACCAACCCUGAGCUCGACAAAAUGUCCUCAAUGAUUUAUAACCAUCAUGAUGAAGGCGAAUGGCUUGUCAACCCGAUAAACUCUGUACAGGGCGUCAAAGAAGAGCUGAUCCAAGCUAAGCUUGUAUCCUCGGCGGAUACGGUUGACAUUUUCCCCAGCACUGAAUUCCAGAGAUGGAAUUUGCAACAGCCCUGCGAUCACCUCUCUAUCCGACUUCCGGCGGCACUGGAUAUCUCACGCCUAGAAGCUGCGUGGAAAAAAGUUCUGAAAAGACAUGCAGCCCUGCGAACGGGAUUUCUGUCCUGGAAGAAACACACAUUCCAGGUUGUCCAGCAUCAUUUUGAGCUCUCUUUGGAACGAAUUGAUGUUGAUGAGGAUCUAUCCUGCGCCAUUGAAAAGCUGAUUCGUGAGCCGUCACGCCAGUUCCCAUGCCCUGGAACACCGCCAUUCCAUCUCACUUUGAUGUCGAGCCUUCAACAUCGGGUCCUCUUGGUCCGUAUAAGCCACGCCCAAUAUGACGGGAUCUCAUUGCGGAUUCUUUAUCGCGACUUAAUGACUGCCUAUGCUGGGAAGGACCUGGUGCAAGGGACAGACUUCCCUGACUACAUGCGAGUUCGCUGUGCUCAAGGCACGUCGAAAUCGUUCGACUACUGGCGCAAGGUUUUAGACGGGGCCACCAUGCCAACUUUGUGGCAGCCCCGCCCAGGUCCACCAGGCUGUCUCUCUCUCCACAUGCAAGACAUACAACUCCCCUUGCCCCCCACGGGAAUUACUCGUGCCACCUUACUUAUGUCCGCCUGGGCUUGGGUUCUGGCUGUCAUCACUGGCCGAUCGGACGUCGUUUUUGGGUAUGUAUCCAGUGGUCGGGACGUUCCAUUGGAUGGUGCAAAUGACUUCAUUGGCUCGGCUGUCACUACGGUACCCUUGCGCCUCAUCAUCCAAAGAUCGUGGUCAAUUGCCGAUUUCCUCUGGGCGAUUCAGAUGCAACGGAUAUCGAACGCCCAAUAUGAAGUCGUGGACUUCGAGGACAUAGUUCUUCAAAGCACAUCAUGGUCUGCAGGCACGCAGCUUGAUAGCGUGUUUUCCUAUGAAGAUUUUGGUGCAAGUUCUGAAAUCUUGCUUGAAGGCAUCCACUGUCCCUCCCAAUUCCAUUUCCAGAAAGCGCCCACUGUACCUUACGCAUUGAUUAACCCCCAAGAGGACGCCAUUAGCGUCAGGGUCGCCGGCCGCACAGAUUUUCUUUCCCAAGAUGAAGCGGUGAGGCUUUGCGAAAUGCUCUGCACAAUCGCCAUCCAAUUUGCGAAAACACCCGAUCGGGCCCUGCCGUGGGAGAGUUUGGUGGAGGCUCCACCUCCAGCAAAGGGUCAGACAUCGUGA